AUGGAGGCAAGCAGUGACCAAGCUCUAUUAAUAAAGAAGCUGCAGAGGUGUUUUUACCCACAACAAAGAUGGCGAGAGAACAGCCAAACCUCCGAGGCAUUUAAACGCAUCACAACAGCGAAUGCGGAAGUGUUUGUCCAAACUUAUUUCCUGUUAAUACGACUGCGAUGGCUGCUGAAAAGUAUCUACCGUUUUACUGGACUUUGCUGUUUGCUGUCGUCUGUGCAGACCAGAAAACCAUCACAGCUGAGCUCUGGACAGGACGUCACUCUGCCAUGUCGAGCUCCAAACAACAACAUCAUAGCUGUAAAGUGGAGCAGAGCUGACCUGGGAGAUGAAUAUGUGCUUUUGUACAGGGAUGGCCGAUUUGAACCAGACGAUCAGCAUCCAUCUUUUAAGAACCGGGUGGAUCUGCUGGACAGACAGAUGAAGGAUGGAGACGUGUCUUUGAUUCUGAAGAAUAUGACGACUGCUGAUAAUGGAACAUAUGAGUGUCAUGUCUUCAUGAGAGGAGCAAACCGCAGGAAGAGAGGCCUUUUGAAGACUGACUAUCACACCAGCACACUGAGAGUUGAUCCUCCAGGUCAGACAGGAGGACACACAGAGGAUGGAGGGAAUUAGAGGACAUAAUGGAAGUCUGCAAGUUUGCAAGUCUGUCUGUUUGUUGUUUUGUUGACCUGCAGGAAACAUAAAGAACAAUUAGAUCAGAAUUCAAACCAGCCUCUUGUGAUUCAUCUGUAAGUCAAGUACAAAUAAGGCAGAGAGUUAAGUUCUGAAUAACAAUAAUUACUACAGUGUUUUUAUUACAGCAGCAUCAGAUGUUUCCUCUGUGAAAUGUUAUGUAAGGUUUGUUGCUUUAACAUUUAUAAAGCUGCUCAGAUACUGUUCAUUUAUUUUCUUUAGCUUUUCAAUGAACUUCAUUUUCUAACUGUUAAUAAAGUUUUACUUGUAUUAAUAUCUAAUGUUUACUAAUGUUUACUGAUUCUGUCUUUUUUUAAAACUGUAAUUUUUUUUUUAAUCUGAUGUUUUCUGACAUGUUGAACCAGUGACUGUGUUCAACACCACCCAUUCGAUAUGUGAGCAUUUUCAGGCUCAUUUCCAGUGAGUUUAGGCUCAGGUGAAGAAUAAAGAUGUCUAACAUGA